CAAAGAAUACCAUGACUCGUCAUCAUCUUCGAGUCGGCGCAUGUUAGCACAAGAACCGGAAAUUUUUCGUAUUGCCCAAAGAAUUGUGAUUAUCAUCAGCAAUCGUUGAUCGAUCUGUUUUUCCCCGUCUCCAAUUUCAUCGAAUCCCUUCGCUCCUUCUCGCAAAUCAAUAAUCGAGCAAUAUGUAUGUGGAGAAGAGAUCGAGAAACAUAGCAGAUAAAAGCGAAAUGAGAAAAACUCCUUCACUGGUAGACCUUUGUGUUAGAACAGUGAUAGAUAAUGUAAGGUACCUUGGAGAUGUUGGUGAGACAGAUUCACAUCUUCUUGAACGUAUUCUACCGCAUUGUACAGUCGAUCAAUUAUUGCAUGUGGAAACGAGUACAAAGGGAAGGGAUCUCAGUUCAGUAACUGAUAAACUAUGGAAGAAUUUCUAUGAGCUGCAGUUUGGCCGUGAGAGUAUGCAAAUAGUAAUUGAGAGGAUGAAGCUAAAGAAAGUAUCGUUUAGAUGGAGACAGUUGUAUGAGGCAAAAUUGAAGGAUGUUCAGGAGGCCGAGAACAAAGCAAUUGACCGGCUUAAACAAUUAUACAAGAAAGAAGAUGCUCGAAAACAAAGUCGGCAGGUUCAGCUUUGCACAAAGGUUCCACCUUCAAGCAAAAGAAGCUUUUUUGCUGGAAGUGGACCUGGUUACAAUAUGUCCAAUGUUAAGAGCAACAUAAUGAAGAAAGCGAAGAUAGAUCUUAUGAAGAGCCAGGAAGUGAAAAAUCUCGCAGCCAUGAAGAAAAAAGCAGUGCAAAGUCAUCAUAGUGGUACCACCAUAACGAAGUCGAGUGGAUUUUGCGGAAAGAAUUCAGCUUCGACAUCAAAGCAUAGCAAACCAUUAGAGAGGAGAUUCUAGAAGAAGCAGUUUCUAAAAAUUUAAGAACAAAGUCCCGAAAAAGGUUCUAUUGCCUUCCUCCUCUUUUUUCAUUGUAAUAUUUGGAAAGUAAUAAUGGAUCAAUCUGUAACUUUAUAAAAAACUAUUUCCAUAAUGCAAUUGUUUCCAAGGUUUGCAUUUCCA